GAUGGCGCUGGACUGUGGCCGGGAUACCGCUGCAGCAGCCAGCUAAACGCUGAGGGAUUUAAUUAAUCUUCUGCUUCUGCGUCGACGUCACCUCCUACCAGACUGAUAAAAUAUUAUCAUUUCAGACCCCAGGACGUAACAUGUUGCAUCGUGUGACUGUCAGGUAACGUUGGGUAUAUCCCUGGCUAAAAUGGUAGCCCCUUCCUCCAGGAACAACAAAAACCUGCUGCUGCUGCUGCUGCUGCUGCGGAGCUCGGCCGACGGAACAGGCGGACUCGUUGCAGGGAUUAUAUGCCGCGGGCCGAGGCUCACUUGACGGACUGAGUAGUCAUGGAAACGACGACUGAGAACGGAGGGUCCUUCGCUGUCGAUUUUAACGAGAACGAAGAAAGGGUGGACGGAGGGGGACGGAGAAAAUCGGGUCCGAAAGCUCACCUCGCAGUCAAAGACCGCAGCGCGGCGUUGCUGACCGGUGACAGUGGGGGUCAGGAAGCCGCGAGGGGUCAAAUUUACGUGACCGGGAACGGCAGGAAUGUAAACAGAGACGCCUCAGUACAGCCGCCUCCACACAAGAGGGAGAUAAUGUUGGAUUUGGUCGCAGGGGAGACGUGCCUCCCGGGGCAGCUGACGGACAGCUGUGUGAUUUCUGGGGUUUGCGGCGACCACAGUGGCAUGAACGGAUUUACUGAGUCACUCGGUGAGGCUGAGCCGACGGUGAUCGAGCUGGAAAGAGGGGGAGGACGGGAAGGGGAAGGAGAUGGGCUCGGCCUCGCAGGGACCACUGACGCUUCCUGUCCAGCUGUGCUCGGGGCUCGGGUUUCAGUGGAAGAGGGCAGACAGAUGCGGCAGGAUCCUGCGGGGGAGAGCGAAGGGGAAACCCCGGAUUCCGACGACGUUACCCCGGUAGAAGAGUCGGUCGGCUGCAUACGGACUUCUACUCUACUUGAUCGGUUGCCAUGCACGGGGAGGCACCAGCGGAACUGCGCCUGCACUACGGAUGUCCCCUCGGGUCCAGAUGUAAACAUGCCCAACGGGGAUGUUGACAGCCCGGGAUGCGGCGGUCCAGACGUGGAUGUAGCCCAUUGCAAACAAGCGGAGAUGUUUUCCAGUCUGGACCAGAGACUCGGUUUGUGCGACGUGGACUGCGAGGAAGUGAAAGUAGCCAACGGUGGUUUACACAUCGUGGCAGCAGCCAGACAUUCAUGUGACUGGCCCGACUCGGACUUCUCGGCCGAGCAAGACACUGCAAUUGAUUUCGACCUGGGGUUAGGGGAGGAAAACGGGGCCAGGUCGGGAUUUUGUCUGAAUCUAAAGGCCUUCAGUGUGACACCGGGCUCUCAGUGCCCGGGGGAGGAGGAGGAGGCACCAGCUUUUGCAGGACUCAAUCAUUCCUUCGAGCCCUCCUCCGCCCCAUCCCCGUCCAAAGACUCUCCCUGCGAGGGAUCAAGUGCCAAACUCCCCUCACCCUUUACGCACACACCCUCCGGCGUGAACGGUGACAGCCCGCUCUCUGAACCCAACAUCAGGGAGGACGACGAGGACUUCAGUGACCUGAGUUUACCCGUCAGGCCGCAGAGUUUGAGGACUAAUCCCAACCUUGCGUUCUCCCUCAGCUGUGAUGCCACCCCGCUGUCCCCCGACGACGGCGGCGGCUUUUAUUUUGGAGACGAGGGUUACGAGGAGGACUUCAGGAACGUUUUGGAGGCGGGUCGCAGACAGAGCGCCCCGGACAAUCUGCCAGACCUAACGGAGCAGACAGACAGCUCGGACCCCAAGCUGAUGCCAAAGAGGUUCGGCAUUGCUGAUUUCUUUACCAGGAGCCUGUUUUCUAGAAAACCCAAAGAGCCCAAGGCACUAUCCCAUAAUGCAACAGGGUGGCGACUGUUUGGAAAGACAUCAACCAGAGAGGACGAUCAAACUAAAGAACCCGCCUCCCCAGAGUUAACUCAGCAGGAGGAGCAGGAGCAAGAGAAGGACGCAGACAUGUCCGUGUGUCCUCAGCUCCCCCUGGCUGCAGGGAGGAGGAAGAACCUGGAAUUUGAGCCUCUUUCCACCACAGCUCUCAUCCUGGAGGACCGGCCGCCGAACCUACCUGCCAAGUCUAUGGAGGAAACUCAGAGGCACAAAAUGGAGUACGAGGAGAUGGUGGCAGGAGCCAAGAGGAGAGAGUUGAAAGAAGCCCAGAGGAAAAAGCGUCAGAUGAAGGAGAGGCACAGACAAGAGGACAGCAUUUCCAACGCCAUGGUCAUCUGGAACAGCGAGAUCCUGCCACACUGGGACACCAUGAAGGGGACCAGGAGAGUCAGAGAGCUGUGGUGGCAGGGUCUUCCUCCAAGUGUCAGAGGCAGAGUGUGGAGCCUGGCCAUCGGCAACGAGCUCAACAUCACACCAGAGCUGUAUGAGAUCUUCCUGUGCAGAGCCAAAGAGAAGUGGAGGAGUUACAGUGAAACCAGUUCAGUAAACGACAACGAGAGUGAUGGAGGGGCUUCUCUUGCUGACAGAGAGUCUAGUCUGGACCUUAUUAAACUGGACAUUUCUAGAACGUUCCCCUCCCUCUUCAUCUUCCAGAAGGGUGGUCCCUAUCAUGACCUGCUACACAGUGUACUGGGGGCUUACACCUGUUACAGACCUGACAUUGGCUAUGUUCAGGGCAUGUCGUUCAUCGCCGCUGUGCUGAUCCUCAACCUGGAGGAGGCCGAAGCCUUCAUCACCUUCGCCAACCUGCUCAAUAAACCCUGUCAGAUGGCCUUCUUCAGAGUCGACCAUGACCUGAUGUUGAAGUAUUUUGCAGCCUUCGAGGUUUUCUUUGAGGAGAAUCUGCCCCGCCUUUUCAAUCACUUCCAAACCAACAACCUGACCCCUGACCUCUAUCUGAUCGACUGGAUCUUUACACUCUACAGUAAGUCCCUCCCUCUGGACGUAGCGUGUCGCGUGUGGGACGUCUUCUGCCGGGACGGGGAGGAGAGCUUAUUUCGGACAGGGCUGGGCAUCCUGCGUCUGUUCGAGGAAGUCCUGCUCCAGAUGGACUUCAUCCACAUCGCUCAGUUCCUUACCCGCCUGCCUGAGGACCUGCAGUCACACACACUCUUCAUCGCCAUGGCCAACACACACAUGAUCAGCCGAAACCGCCGCUGGGCUCAGGUGUUUUCAGCUUUGAUGAAGGAUGGAAAUAAGGAGACAGACAAAAACAGCAGCCCAGCUUUGAGAAGCUAACGCUGGCUAACCUUGACCUCUGACGCCAUCUUUCUCCAGUCUAAAUCAAAGCGCUAAAGCAGAGUAGCAUGGAGCUAAAGACUCCCCUGAAGCUCAGCUAUGAAGCUUGGCAGAAACUUGAGCCAGCCGUGAAACUACCCCGGGCAGAGCUGAGACUUUUUCUGCAAGCUGUUGCACCCAGCCAGGGGAAGAAAGAAGAGGCUUCAGUGUUUCCUGAAAUCUGUGAUGGAACCAGAGCGGGAAGCGAAAGUGGUUGGUUUUGUUCUGUACUCCCACCGCCAUUGACAGUAUUUCACCAGACAGGUAAUAGUUUGGAAAAUUAAAAAUUCCAGAUAAUAGUAUACGUGUUAUUCCUCCUGCAGGCGGGCUUGUUGUAGUAAUGCCUCCAUGCUGGGAAACGAACACUGAGCACUACGCCCUUUGUAAUUCUCAAAGACUCUAAUCAUUCUAAUUUUCGGUGCUAAUGAUUUAUUACGGCUUCAGAAAUGACCUCUUGGUUAAACUAUCUACAGUAUGUAGUUCCUUUCGGUUUGGAUAUUACACUAUGAUUCAUUCGCUGCAUUGAACCAGACCUCUGGAUGUGAACAUGAUCAGAAUCUGGAUUAGCAUGCCUAAUCAUGCUAACAUACAGAUGCAGAUGGUUAGCCUCCCACUUUAACCUCUUACCUUUUUUCAAAUCUCCACCUUCAGGGACACAAACCUGAACGUGAGAAGUAACUAAAACAGUUUUGCAAUUUGAAUAAUUUUUGUACAAUGUAGUGUUUUGGAAUCCAAUAACUCACAUCUCAUCAGUGACGCUAAUUAAGCCCAAGCAGAGUGUGACGAAAAGCUGCGUGAUUCUGAUGUUUCACAAGCAAAUAAUGAUCACAUGUUCUAUUGGGAUGAUGAAGUAUUUUCUACAUGUUACACAUUUUUUCAUUUUGCUCAGACUGUUAGCUGGAUGUUUUAGAGCUGGAACGUUACAGUCACUAUUGAAGUGUAACUAAACCGGCUUUUAGAUCUAAUGGAGAGAAAUAAGUGUCAGAUUAUGACUCCGUCUUUCGGUUAAAAUUUCUCCCUAAAAGUCUCGUGAAACCACAGUGAGCGAGCAUUUCAUGUAAAUGUAGGAGUGAGGAGUGAUUACAGUUUCACAUCAGUGUUUCCAGCAGAGCACUUUAUCGAUGCAGCACUGAAGCUACGUCUCAUUUUGAAACUACACGUAGUGAGCUCAUACUAAAUAAGCAGGGCAUUAAGUGCCUCAUAGUUUCCUUUUGUUUGAUGUUGGGGGGGGGGUUAAACUGAAGAACCGACAUGGCUUGUUCGAGCAGAUUGACAGAAACAUCAAGUAAAACAUACACACAGUGUAACGGAGCAAGAACAGCUGCACAGCUUUAAGUUUCUCUCCAUCUGGCCUGAAGAUGAAGGUUUUUAGUGUUUGUAGCAAAACCUCUGUCACUUAAUAAUUUGUGAAAAUGUUAUCCAAAAAGAAGAGGAAAGAAACUUAAAGAUAUUUGAAUUCAACAAGCAAGAAUAUCCAUUUUAUUUAGUUUAAACAAAAAAUCAGUUACAUCAACAAAAUACAAUUUACAAUAUCGUCCCAGACCACAUGAUGGUGUCUGCAAAUGGCGCGUUCUGCUCAACCAACAGCUCCAAACACAUCAAUAUUCAGUGAAACUAGAAAGAUUCACAUUUUAGACGUCAGACCCUGCAAACUUUCAGCAUUUUUUUGCCAAAAACACUAAAUGAAGUCGAUAAAGAAAAUCAGUCUGUGAAUGUAUACUGACUUAGUUUCAGCCUUUUACAUACUGUAGUGUUACCCUCUAAUAGUUCCUCCAAUAACACUCCAAAUGAACCAAAAAAAGGUGACAAGCAGUAGCCAUGAUGUGCCCAUAUUUGGAAACAGGUGUGCCACAGUAACUCCAGCGACAACCAUCCAGUCGUCUGCCUGUAUUGGCUGCGCCGUGUUAUUCCAUGUAUAUGAAUUUCAUCAAUUAAGAUUGAGACUGUCACAUGAUCCCUUCAGGUCCCCUCAGCCUGUUGAAGUGCUUUUACAUCCCCCUCGUCUUUGCUCUGUGACUUUGUGCUAACACUCCUUUGAUGAUCACACUCCACCGUAACAUUCACCUUCAUUGCAUCCCUACCUCUUGAUUUUCCUCGUUCCCACCAGCAAAUGAGCAGGCCUUAAAAAUGUGGACCAAGCUUCCACUUUGCUUUUUUGUGCUUGUUGAAGCAGAAAACUUAAUGGAGGCAUUAAGCAGCUCUGGAGAAGGAGGACAUAGAAGGAGGAGGAGGAGGUGAGGAGAAAGGAGACAAAAAGAAGACUAGAGCUUCCUUCAAUUUUAGUUUGUACAUCCUCCAUAUCUUUGUGCAUCUUAGUCCCUGCAACGCUAAAUAUAUGACGAGUGAAGACAGUUCAGAUCACAUGACUUCUUGAACUGUUUUUUCCCCAAAUGCAGUAGAAAAAAGCAGCAAGAUAGCAUUUUAUAAGGAAUGAGUUUGAGGGUACAAAGUGAUGGUUUCGAGGGUCAGAAGGAAGAAUUCAACUCUCCGUCAACGUCUUUUUUUCCAGAUUUUCAAGUUAUUUCUCUUCUGACACAUUUGUGUUCACCAAAUCACUCCAUAACUAAAGGAUUGCUGUUGUACAUUUUCCAAACAGAAGCCAGUAUUCACAUGUCCCAGCUGACAAAACCAGUCUGCACCAGUGUUCUAACCAUUUUAAGUAUUGAUGUUUGUAUGAACCAAGUGCUUUGUUUGUUGGACCACUCAAAGAGGUGGCUAAAAUUUAGUUUGAGGUGACUACAGAACAUUUUUCAAAUGAUCUCAAACUCAAUACUAAAACAGCCUCCGAGCCUCCCAGCUGUUUAGGAAUGAGCUGUUGUGUAUUUCUAUGACUAAACAAGACCACUGUAUUAAUUAAGUCGGCACUUGACAACAGAACGGAUUUGGAAUGAUUCCAGAUUAUAAAAUGAAUUUGCAAAUCAAGUGUGAAAGGCAGCAUGAGCCCUGCAUUGAAAUGAGAACAACAUCAUAUAAAAGACCCCAAAAUGACGAAACGCUGCCAUUUCCUCUGCUGUGAUUUUAUCAGUCUUUAAAGUGAAGAGUUAUUGUCAUGCAUCAGCAACUAACAUCCUCAGGUGGAUUUACACAUUUUGGUUUUAUUAAAGAAGAGUGAACACACGUUGACAGACAACACUUUGUGAACUUGAGCCUUUUUUCCUGCAGUUGCACUAAUACAGCGUGUGCAAUGCUGCAGCCGUGUCAGCUGUUAAAAAAAAUGUUUCUCAUAUGCAAAUUAGCAAAUAUAUGAUUAGGAUUCUUCAUGAACCCUCCUUUAAUCUUUUCUUUUUUUGUUACUCUCAACAGAAACUAUGUAAAUGUGAUGAUGUUCUUAUUUUUUUUAACUCAAAUCGACUUUUUUUUUUUGGCGACACAAAUUUAGAGUGUUAGUUUCCAACACACAAAGAGCCUCCUUCAAGUUUGUCCUUUAUCAGUGUGGGAGACUAAAAACGUUUAUCUCUAUACCGCCAGCAGCCUGCUUUAUUAUAGCUCAGUGGACUGUUGAUGGAUUUGAGGUUUCAUAAUCCUAAAAAAUAUUCCCUGACGCUGAAAGUUGACCUUUACAGAUGGUCGAAUUUGGGGUUUCAUUUGGUCUUCAAAAGUCAAACAACCUUAAUGACAUCAGUUUAAAAACACUCGGCAGCAUUUAGAAAGAAUAUCCAGUUUUAUAAUCGGUUAAUACUCUUUUUUUUAGUGGAAAGUAAACUUAUAUUCAAGUUUCAUGUUUAUCUAAUUGAUAAGAGAGUGCCAGGUAAACAGAAAUAGCAGCACAUGUAAUGUCGUUCUUACUCCGGACAUGUAUGAGAUUGAUUCUGUAGAAUUAAUGUGCAAGAUACAGAAAACAGAUGUUUCCUGUCAGGUCAUUUGUUUACAAAUAUUCUGUCCCUGUAAGAAAGCAGACAUGUUUUUUAAGAACCUGACCUUUAGUGAUUUACAUUCAAUGAAAACAAAAACACUGUUACAAAACUGAGUCAAAAACAGGAAGGUAAAGAGGUGUUUUCAGGUGGUUUGUCAGUGUUCACAGUCGUCACUCAUUCCGACUGGAUAGAAGGAACAUCAAACUUUCAUCUUUAUAUAUUCAGUGUUGAGGAGUUAAGAUUAAACACAAAGACAUGUUGAAAAUGUCAAAUGAUUUUAUAUGUAUGUUCUGUCAUGUUCACUCUUUUAGACUUCAAGUGCAAUACGGUGUGUUUAGGCAGCAGGUACAUCAGAGUCAUUAUUACCCAGAAUCCUCUUCGGGCCGGUUUAACACUCCCUCGCCUUGACCUCACUCCAGAUUAUUGAUGAAACAUUCAGAGAGCUGCGGAGGGAGCGUGAGAUUAAUGUGAUAUUUCCUCUGAAUAACUUUAUGUUUCAUGUCUACAUCUAUUUAAGUUUGAUCACUGCUAUCAGUUGUAUUUGAUAUUUUCAUGCAAAUUGACUUAGUUUGUUUUUGUUUUAUUGAUACAUUUCGGUGUACAGUUUGUUCUUCAUAAUGCCUUACAGGUGAUGUAAAUAAACUGUAAAAAUGUUCUUUCUUUUCAUAUAAUGGCCACUAGUUUAAUGUGUAAAUAAAUAUCUCAGCAAACUA